AUGACCGACCUGGGUUGGCAGCGGAAUUCGGCAAAAAGUUGGGUACGCAACCUUGGUAGAAAAGAAUUAAAAAGUGAUAAUACUAUUUUAUUUCAGAGAAGUACGUUUAAGUCCAAGCUAGCCACCCGACUUAGGACAAUAUCCAACUCAAAGAAUGCAAUAAAUACUAUAUCUGAUGUCACGUACGACUUUAACGACAUCAAUAGUAUCAUUGCGAAGGAAUCAUUUGAUAGUCCUGACACAGAGAAGCGGAUUAUUCAUAAUGCAAACAGUGUUGUCGAAUCAUUAAAAGAAGAUGAAAAGACAAACAAAAGAAAGAAAUAUAAACAAUUAUUGAAAGUUAAACAGAUGAAAAUGGAACAAAAGACGGAACUAAAAGCGAAAACCAAGAAAACAUGUCACGAAUGCGACGAAGACCAGUUUGAGUGCGGCAAUGGGCAUUGUGUACCAAAAUGUUGGAAAUGUGACGGUAUGGAUGACUGUGGAGACAAUUCAGAUGAAGAACACUGCAAUGAAAAUGGGUGUGGUGGUGGCCAAUUCACCUGUCUAAUCAAUUGUAAACCUGCUCACUGGGAAUGUGAUGGCAUGGAUGACUGUGGGGACAACUCGGAUGAAGAACACUGCAAUGGCGGUAGUGGUGGAUGCGGAGACUAUGAAUUCACUUGUGCUAAUGGCUAUUGUAAACCUGCUGACUGGGAAUGUGAUGGCAUGGAUGACUGUGGAGACAAUUCAGAUGAAGAACACUGCAAUGGCGGUGGAUGUGGAGUUGGUGAGUUUACAUGCACUAAUGGCAAUUGUAAACCUGCUGACUGGGAAUGUGAUGGCAUGGAUGACUGUGGAGACAAUUCAGAUGAAGAACACUGCAAUGGUGGUGGAUGUGGAGUUGGUGAGUUUACAUGCAUUAAUGGCAAUUGUAUACCUGCUGACUGGGAAUGUGAUGGCAUGGAUGACUGUGGAGACAAUUCAGAUGAAGAACACUGCAAUGGCGGUGGAUGUGGUGUUGGUGAGUUUACUUGCACUAAUGGCAAUUGUAAACCUGCUGACUGGGAAUGUGAUGGUAUGGAUGACUGUGGAGACAAUUCAGAUGAAGAACAAUGCAAUGGUGGUGGAUGCGGUGGUGGCCAAUUCACCUGUGCUAAAGGCAAUUGUAUACCUGCUCACUGGGAAUGUGAUGGCAUGAAUGACUGUGAAGACAAUUCAGAUGAAGAACACUGUGGGGAUGGUGGAGAAGGGGUAGAAUGGUCUGCUUGGUCAGAGUGGGGACCGUGUAGUGUUAGCGGGGACAACUGUGGAACAGGUGAAAGAUCGAGAACACGUCAAUGUCUGAACACUGGUAAUACCGGUUGCAUGCAUGGCGAGUCAGUGGAGUACCAGCUAUGCGCCACCCUGCACAACUGUGUAGAAGCAGACUCGGGGUGCGGUAGCCGAAUUAUAGCCAGCGAACCUCGCAUAGUCGGUGGACAAAACGCUUUGCCCGGGGAGUGGCCAUGGCAAGCACAGUUAUAUAGCAUAGCAAAUGAUAUUGCGGCAUGUGGUGGAACACUUGUUGGACCAAGACACGUUGUAUCAGCAGCUCACUGCUUUGAUAACCCUCCAAACCCCACGGCCUGGAAAGUUCGUCUUGGUAGAUAUACUCGUGGCAGACCACUCAGUGCCGCUGAUUCCCAGUCAGUUGAGGUUGACGUUGUAAAAAUCAUACUGCACGAAGAUUAUGACAAACCAGUGGAUAGCGACAACGACAUCGCAUUACUUACUCUAAGUAAUGAUGUCGAUACCAGCGACUUUAUCAACUACGCUUGCCUUGAUAAACAAAUUACAUUUUCUACGAACAGCUCAUGUUUUGUCACAGGAUGGGGAACAUUGCAUCAAGGUGGAUUCCAACCCAAUAUUCUACAGGAAGCAGUGGUUCCUAUUCUUCCCGAUGACAUUUGUAGAACCCUUAAUGGACAAACCAGUAUAACGGACAACAUGAUGUGUGCCGGUUACAUUGCUGGGGGUAUCGAUUCUUGUCAGGGUGAUUCUGGCGGUCCGCUUGUCUGUAUUCACACGCACCCACAGACUGGUAUUAGUCGUUGGUAUCUUGCUGGCGUAACAAGUUGGGGAUAUGGUUGUGCUCAGGCGAAUAACCCUGGUGUGUACACGCGAGUUCCUCGGUACUAUACUUGGCUACAGGACCAUGGUGUCAUGCUAUAACUGAGUGACCCGACUAACGAUACACUAUGACAUUGUCAUUAUAAUUUGAUCUCUUUUUUUGAAAAUUCUGCGAUGAAUAGAAACAUAACAAAGUAGAUAACUAGUUUCUUCUUAAAAGGUGUACAAUUGCCUAUGGUUAAUAUCUGGGACAUUUCUACUUACAUGUAAGUUUCACUUCUAUAUGCUUUUACAUCAGUGAAUAAAGUAGUUUUUUGCAUAAA